GGUUCGGCCUGCCGCGUGUGUGCGGGUUUGGGGUCAGGGCUGUUUUGGAUUUGCUCCUCUUCGUCUUCCAGAACCCGAGGUCGGCUGCCAGGUUCGGAAGACUUGAAAGCGAGACCGUUCCUGCUUGUUGUCUGGUUCUGCCUGUGUGAACUGUGGGGAGGAAGAAGGGCGCGCGCCCGGGGACCGGCCCUGCCCGGCCGCGUUCGCGCCCCGGGCUGCGGUGUGCGGUCCUUUCUUCACUUUGUGAAAGACGUGGGGACUGAUGCGGACACGCGGGGGGAACGGAUCUCUCCACGCGCCCACGAGAGACUUGAACGCGAACGUGCUGCUGCGGGCUUAAAAGAAUGAGGUCAACUGCUUUCCAGAACUGAGUUGGGCCACUGCCCCGCGGCGCUUUGUUUCUGGCGGCUCGGAUUCAGCAUGGCUUCCCGCUGCUGCCUGAGGCAGCUGCUGUACCGGGGUCUGUCCGCUACCACCACCCAGCUCGUCCGCGGUUCUCUAUCCAGGACACUAGUGCUGAGCUCCCACAGGAGAAUUCCAGAAUUCAGUAGCUUUAUUUCCCGGACCAACACUUGUGGAGAGUUAUGUUCUUCUCACUUAGAUCAAGAAGUCACCUUAUGCGGAUGGAUUCAGUACCGAAGGCAAAACAUCUUCCUAGUCCUCAGAGAUUUCCAUGGUCUGGUUCAAGUUAUCAUCCCCCAAGAUGAGUCAUCUGCGGCUGUGAAGAAGAUUUUAUGUGAAGCCCCUUUGGAAUCUGUGGUGAAAGUGUCUGGGACUGUCAUUUCUCGACCUCCAGGACAAGAGAAUCCAAAAAUGCCAACCGGUGAAAUUGAAAUAAAAGUUAAAACAGCUGAACUUCUAAAUGCCUGCAAGAAGCUGCCCUUUGAAAUGAAAGACUUUGUGAAGAAAACAGAGACUCUUCGUUUACAGUAUCGCUACUUGGAUUUGCGCAGCUCCCAAAUGCAGUAUAAUCUGCGACUAAGGUCUGAGGUGGUUAUGAAAAUGCGGGAGUACCUCUGUAAUCUGCAUGGGUUUGUAGAUAUAGAAACCCCAACAUUGUUUAAGAGGACCCCAGGGGGUGCCAAAGAGUUUUUAGUGCCAUCCAGGGAGCCUGGAAAGUUUUAUUCUCUCCCUCAGAGUCCUCAACAGUUUAAGCAGCUCCUGAUGGUUGGCGGUUUAGACCGAUAUUUUCAGGUUGCUCGAUGUUACCGAGAUGAAGGCUCAAAACCAGACAGACAGCCUGAGUUUACUCAGAUUGAUAUAGAGAUGUCUUUUGUAGACCAAAUGGGGAUCCAGAGUUUGAUUGAGGGUUUGCUCCACUAUUCCUGGCCCAGUGGCAAAGAUCCUGUGGUGAUUCCUUUUCCUUCCAUGACUUAUGCUGAGGCAUUAAGCAGCUAUGGGACUGAUAAACCAGAUAUUCGCUUUGGAAUGAAGAUUGUGGAUGUCAGCAAUGUGUUCAGAGAGACAGAGAUAAGAUUUUUUCAAGAUGUACUUAGCAAGCCCCAGGGAACUGUCAAAGCAAUCUGUGUCCCUGAAGGAGUAAAGUACUUCAAAAGGAAAGACAUUGAAUCCAUUAAACAGUUUGCAGCUGACCAAUUUAAUCAGGAUGUACUACCUAUAUUCCUAAAAGCCAGUAAAAACUGGAAUUCACCAGUUGCUAAACUCAUAGCAGAGAAUCAGAGAUGGGAAUUAAUCAGACUAAUGGAGAUUCAAGAGGAAGAUAUAGUCCUACUAACUGCUGGAGAGUACAAGAAAACGUGCUCUUUGUUGGGAAAAUUACGACUGCAGUGUGCUGACCUUCUGGAAACAAAAGGGGUGGUGCUCCGUGACCCAGCACAGUUCUCAUUCCUGUGGGUGGUGGACUUCCCACUCUUCCUUCCAAAGGAGGAAAGUCCCACAGAGCUGGAGUCAGCUCACCACCCGUUCACUGCUCCCCACCCCAGUGACAUCCACCUCCUGUACACUGAGCCUGAAAAGGUUCGUAGUCAACACUAUGACUUGGUUUUAAAUGGCAAUGAGAUAGGAGGUGGUUCUAUCCGAAUUCAUGAUGCACAACUACAGCGGUACAUUCUGGCAACCUUGUUAAAGGAAGAUGUGAAAUUGCUCUCCCAUCUGCUGCAGGCUUUAGAUUAUGGGGCGCCCCCUCAUGGAGGAAUUGCCUUAGGGUUAGAUAGACUGAUGUGCCUCAUCACUGGAGCUCCAAGUAUCAGAGAUGUCAUAGCCUUCCCCAAAUCCUUCCGGGGACAUGACCUCAUGAGCAGUGCCCCAGAUUCAGUCCCACCAGAGGAACUAAGGCCCUAUCAUAUCCAGGUAUCCUGGCCAGAAGCAGAAAAGGAUUCAUUGAAGCAGUCCUAUCAACAAAGAAGUUGAGCCCUGGGGCUUUAUCCUCUGCACUUUGCCAAGGCUUAGUGGUCCAUGCUUUACUCCCAGCACCCAGGCUUGGACAGCAGGAUCUGUGAGUUCAAGGACUAGCAAGACUGUUUCAAAUUGUGACAUUGGGCUGGGGAUAUGGCCUAGGGGCAAGAGAGCUUGCCUCGUAU